AUGAGGGCAUCAUGUCUUCUCGCCAGCCCCGCAACAAUAACCAUCCGCCAAUUCCUAGACCACUUCCGCCGAGCAUGGACUGAAUCGCAACGCCUUCCGGGCCUCCGCAAAUCGCUCAUUCCACGACGAUUAGGACUAGCAGUAAGCGGGGGCGCAGACUCCAUGGCCCUGGCAUAUCUAUGCAAACAGCUAGAGAAAAGCGGACUCGUGGAAGAUCUCUCCGUAACGGCUUUCGUGGUCGACCAUAAAGCCCGCGAGGAGAGUUCGCGGGAGGCGAGGAUGGUGAGGGGAUGGCUUGAUCAGCUUGAAAUAACCACCAAAAUCCUCGAACUAGACUGGUCUACCGCCAUCACCAGUCAAGGGAAAGGGAAGCCCUCUGCAUUCGAGACUUUCGCACGCAGACUCCGCUUCCAGACUCUUGGGACGGCAUGUCGUAAUGACGACAUUGAAACACUAAUGAUGGGUCAUCAUCAGGAUGAUAACGUUGAGACGACCCUAUGGCGGCUAUGUACGGGGGCUCGAGGGGCUGGGCUCAUGGGGAUUCCGCAGGUUGCAAGAAUCCCGGAGUGUCAUGGGAUUUAUGGUGUUGCGGAGAGUGGGGAGGCUGUUAAGUUGUCCUCGACGAAGAUGAGGACGCGGGUGUCGAGGGGUGUGAUAGCGAGCGGGGGGAUAUCGAUUUGUCGGCCGUUGCUCUCGUUUCCGAAGGCGAAUUUAUUGGAUAUUUGUCGUGAGCAUAAUGUUCCGUUUGUGAAUGAUCCGACGAAUUUUGAUCCUACGCUUACGCCGAGGAAUGCGAUUCGGAGUCUUGUUUCUGGGAACCGCUUACCGCGGGCUCUUACAACGCCGUCUAUCUUGUCUUUGAUUCAAGCAAGCCAGGACCUACUCAAGGACUCAAUUGACCUGUCGAAUGAAAUCCUGCGACACUGCAAACUCAUCGACUUGAAUCUCACCUCAGGCACGAUGGCAAUCCAAUUCCCGCCUUCAUCCUCUGCACAACCAGCCGGUACAAUCCCUACAAGACGAUUUACAAAGAACCAGGACCAACGAAACAACCAAAUUCAAGCAGUCACUCUACGCAGGAUAACAGAGUUAGUAUCGCCAUUCCCAGAGAAUCAUUUCCCAUUGAGGAGUUUCGAGAACUUCACGGAGCAUGUCUUCCAACCACCAAGCACUGAAGAACCAAAACGACAACCAUUCACGCUGGGAGGUGUCAUGUUUCAACCUUCUCAGAGAAAAUUGGCAGAUGCCGGGAAUAGUGGAGAUACAUGGUUUCUAUCUCGCCAGCCAUUUAUGCGUAAUCGUCUUCCGACUCUCGAUUUUGAUAUUCCGGUUCUUCCCGUCAUCAAGCAGCAAGAACAACAUAUACACUCCUCUGAUAAGUACGAACAUACGCCCUGGAAGCUAUGGGAUAACCGGUACUGGUUCCGACUUGCCAUAACACCAAGCACACGCUCACUUUCACCACCAACCGCCAAAGCCAACGACAAGAACGGAAAUAAGGAAAUCCUCCUGACUGAAAAUACCCUACCAGUCACAAUUCGCCCACUGCAACAAUCUGAUCUACGCCAUCUACGGGAAUAUCCAUCUUCAUCCCCUUCCUCUUCAACACCGCCACCAUCCGCAAAACACGGACAACCAACCCAGAACAAGGAACGAAAGAAAACGAAUCCUCUCUGGACCCAACUAAGUCAAACCCUUUCCCGAGAAUCACCCGCCCAGUCCCGAUUUACCAUUCCUGCUUUAUUCAUCCAGGAACAACAGGAAUCGGGAGUCAAAGAGAACCUACUCGCAUUACCGACGCUGGAUAUUCGUUUCCCGUACUCGAUGUCUCUGUCAGGGACGGAGAUAUCAUGUGAAGUAUACUGGGAAUGGCAGUACAAGAUGAUUGACGAAGAAACUGUCAAAUCAAUGUCUGACUGA